CUCUGAAAUUAAUUGUGGCUAAAGCUGUCUCUAUAGCUGCCUCUGCUGCUCUGCGCCGCCGACCCGCCCGGCUGCUGCUGUCCCCCCCGGGCUCUGGUGGAAGCGGGGGGACCGGGCACCAUGCAGGAGUGCUGAACGGGGCUGUGAUUGUGCUCAGUGGCUCCGAGCGGGGAUCGGGGUUUGUUUUUCCUCUUCCCUCCCCGGCGGCUCCUGUCCUUGCUACAUGCCUUGCCAGCGCCUGCGACUGCGGUCCAACUGCACUGCUGCUGCUCCAGCCCGGGGUGCCGCCACCUCGCUGCCCAGCGCGGCCGCCGCCGCCACCGCCACCGCCACCCCGCGCGCUGCUCGCUGGGCCGCUGCAGCAACUUUCCCCCACAGACUAGUGUGUGAUGUUGGACAUGGGAGAUAGGAAGGAAGUGAAAAUGCUGCCGAAAUCCUCCUUUAGCAUAAACAGCCUGGUGCCCGAAGCCGUCCAGAGCGACAACAACCACAACAGCCACAGCCACCACCACAACAGCCACCACCCCCACCACCACCACCAUCACCACCACCACCACCACCACCCGCAGCAGCAGCCCCAGCGAGCUGCCCCGGCCGAGGAGGAAGAGGAGAAGAGCCAGCUCCUCCUGCAGCCCCCCGUGGUGGCGGCUGCGGCGGCGGCUGCGGCCACCACCUCUGGCACCUUGGAGGUGGCCAAGGAGAUCCUGCCGGGCAAGGGGGAGCCGGGCUCGGCCGCGGCAGCCGCAGAGCUGGAGGAGAAGGAGAAAGCGGCGGCGGCGGAGGAGAAGAAGGGGUCGGCGGAGGGGGGCAAGGAAGGGGAGAGCGGCAAGGAAGGGGAGAAGAAGAACGGCAAGUACGAGAAGCCCCCGUUCAGCUACAACGCGCUGAUCAUGAUGGCCAUCCGGCAGAGCCCCGAGAAGCGCCUCACCCUCAACGGCAUCUACGAGUUUAUCAUGAAGAACUUCCCCUACUACCGGGAGAACAAGCAGGGCUGGCAGAACUCCAUCCGCCACAACCUCUCCCUCAAUAAGUGCUUCGUCAAGGUGCCCCGCCACUACGACGACCCGGGCAAAGGGAACUACUGGAUGUUGGACCCUUCCUCCGACGACGUCUUCAUUGGGGGGACCACGGGCAAGCUCCGCAGGAGAUCCACCACCUCCCGGGCCAAGCUGGCUUUCAAGCGAGGCGCUCGGCUCACCUCCACCGGACUGACAUUCAUGGAUAGGGCUGGAUCUUUGUAUUGGCCUAUGUCCCCUUUCCUCUCCCUGCACCACCCCCGGGCCAGCAGCACUUUGAGUUACAAUGGGACCACGUCCGCCUACCCCAGCCACCCCAUGCCCUACAGUUCAGUGUUGACUCAAAACUCUUUGGGAAACAACCACUCCUUUUCCACGUCUAAUGGGUUAAGUGUUGAUAGACUAGUCAAUGGAGAGAUACCUUAUGCCACUCAUCACCUCACAGCAGCAGCUCUGGCCGCCUCAGUGCCAUGUGGCUUGUCAGUCCCCUGCUCUGGCACCUAUUCCCUAAACCCUUGCUCUGUAAACCUUCUAGCAGGACAGACAAGUUACUUUUUCCCCCAUGUUCCUCACCCUUCAAUGACUUCUCAAAGCAGCACUUCAAUGACGGCCAGGGCAGCCUCCUCCUCCACGUCUCCACAGGCGCCCUCCACUCUCCCUUGUGAGUCCUUAAGACCUUCUUUGCCAAGUUUUACAACAGGACUUUCCGGGGGACUUUCUGAUUAUUUCACACAUCAGAAUCAGGGGUCUUCUUCAAACCCUUUAAUACAUUAACAUCCAUGGGACCAGACUUUAAGAGGACUAAAGCCAAGGAAGUGGCACGUGCAAUGUUUUGUUUGGCUUUUUAAGACGCUGUGCAGAACUACCUGUACCUGAAAGAAAAAGAGGAUGCCAAAGUGGUGGCGAUACUUUCUCGAGCAGAUUUGAUCAUUGGAGGUAAACAUGGAGUUAACUGGAUCUGAAUAACAGAGGUGGGUAACACUAUAUUGAACUAAGAUUAUAGCUAUUAACAUUUGCCGGAUGUUUUCAUUUCGGGCAGGUUUUCUAGCAAAGGCAGGUACAGGUAUUGAGUUUAAGUAAGAUGGAGAUACUAUAAUGUUCAACUAUAGACACUUUGUGAAUACUCAAUAUCCAAGUCAACAGCUCCCAGGAAGACAGCUGUCAGUAAAAUGUUGUGGAAAGAGAUAGAGACUAAAAUCUGUGAGGAAAAUAUUGCAGGUGUUAUUUAUUUAUUAUUAAUAAUAAUAAUAAUUGUAAUAAUAAUUAUAAUAACCAUUAAAUAUAAAUAACAAUCUCCAGACAACUCAGAACAUCCGAUAUUCUCAGGAGAGACUGAAAGGUUUGUAUAUGUUUGGGAUGCUCAGAGUUCUACUCUGCUUUUCAGACAGAAUUCUUUUAUUUACUCAGACAAAAACUCUAAUUAAAAUCAAAUGGACUUUUACCUUUAUUAUUAAUCAGCCUCGCCAUCAUCAUAAGCUUAUUUUUACGGCAGCUAAAGCCUUCAAAGUGGGCCCAUAUGGGCCAGAUGCUGGAAAUUCCACUGAAGUCAGGAUUUGGUUUGAAAAUACUAAGUGCGGGCCCACUCAGAGGAAUAUAUAAAAGCGAAUCCUAGAAAGCAACCCAAAUGGAAAAUCAAACUAGUUUUAAAAUUCCCAGGUUACAGUCUCUAUUUAUUAGUUUUUGAAGAAUUAGAUUAAUACAGAUCAACUAUAUACCUAUAUUUAUCUCUCUAUAUAUUUUGCAUGAAUAUAAGUACAGAUGUGGGGCCUGAUCCUCUGUCCACUGAUAUCAUGGAAAUUUUGCCUGUGACAUCAAUGGGAGCAGGAUCUGGCCCUUUUAUCAUUUUGUAUGGGCAUGCAGAUGGCGUGAUGACAGUAUUUUUCACAUGUUGAUUCCAGCCUGGUAUUUCUAUAGUUCGAGUUAAAACUCUAGAUUUUUUUCAACAGGGUAUUUUGUACCGAACUCAGGGAUGUCGUAGGUAUUAAGGAAAGUAUCUUGUCCUAAACGCAAUAAAAUUUAUAUUGGGUAGGUGCCAUAGAAAUCACCGUCAAAACGCCCAUAGAUUUCAGUGGCAUCAGGAUCCACCCGUUUUCCAAACAUUUAUGACUAAUGCACCAUACGAUCACACAGGAAAUCCAAUCUCUAUGUAGUUUUACCAUCGAAGGGUCUUCUCCUCUGUUUCCUCCGCACCCAUUGGGGUCAAUGGGAGCUACGGUUCAGAGAUGAAUUCCUGACGAGAAAAGGAAGAAACAUUCUUCACAGAAUAUCACGCCUAGCACAGACAAACGUAACAUUCUGCUACAUUCUGCUAGCCCUGAAUUGAUCCUGACAAAGAACCGAAAACAAACAAUGGCUUCUUAUGUUUUCUAAACAUUUUCAUUUUUAACAAAAAAUGUUUUUAAAACGUUUACUUUGUAUAAUAUGCACCUACACCGUUCGUCCAAUAGUUUAGGCAAUAAAUAGGGUUGUCUUUAUGUAACCCUUUAAAAAGCAGUAUGUCUAUAUCAUUCACAAUACAGGCUCUCUAUAUAAUCCUGUUUCAAAUAUACAAACACACACGUUACGAGGUUGUGUGUGUUUGUGGAUCUACUUCUCGGAAGAAAUGCACUAUCAAAACAUUAAUUAUAUUUGAAAGGGAGACGAUUAUUUGUCUGAGAAAGAAUUACAUCCUUGAAUGUAUAUUCCGCACAGAUCUCGUCUCCUGUCUGCAACGAGGGUUGCAAUUGUAGAUCUGUCUCAAAUGCUGUACCCUAAAAUGCAGGAAGGUGUAUCACAUUACAGUUGUAGAGAAAAGGGAGAUAUUUCAUUUCUUUUACACACAUCUGUACAAUAGUCGUUAAGGGAAUGUUGAAAUCGACAUGCAGUUGAAACGGGAACAUGUUAAGAACAUACAUUCGUUUUAUUUACUACCGGAAACACGAUGAUUUUUAACAUAUAGACACAGGGAUGACCCCAGUUAGUUAUUAAACACUGUAAUUCACAGGGGUUUUGGCCUACAAGUCCUGUUUAUUUUUUUAAAAUGCCAGACUUGACAUGCACAUAUUACUUUAGCUUGUAAUUAAAAUCUACCAACGGUGUGAAUCAUCAAUGAUACUUUUUAGAUUGUAGUUUAUUUACUGGGCUUUAAAUGAUUAAUAACCCGAUUAAACAGAUUUCCUCAUCUAGCUAAACUUGUGCUGCGAAUAAUAAUGAUGAUGACAACUCCUUUUGAAUACUAGCUGUAGCAGGGAAUCUUGAAAUACAUUCAUCUGAGUAUAUUUUGUUCUGGUCUUUUUCAAGUACUGCUCCAUACUCCUGCUUUUUUAGUUCCUCCGCAACGCCAGGACUGGUAGUCACUGAUGAGAGCCCUUAAUUCAGAUUCAGUGGCUGGAUCCUUAUUUUCAUGUUUGGGGUGACGGGAGAAGGCGAUUUGUCCCUAAAAUGUACUAAGUAGUGAGGCCAUGGGAGACCUGCUUAGCAUCUGGGCCUCAGGAGAUGGGUACUUUCCCCCUUCGGAGUGGUUCCCGGAUCAUCUUUCUUUGGCUACAGGAAAAUGCCAGGGGGGUUAGGGGGCUGAAGAGAGCUCGCCACAGGCGUGAGGCAGACGGAGCAGUGUAGAGUGCGUUAUUGUGUGUGGCUGUUUCUGGGCUGUGUUCUCUACCCCAGUAGGUAUCUUUGGAAGAAGAAGGUGACAUGAAGAGGCGCGUCUGACAGCCAAAGUGGGGGAACUGUCCGGGAGAAGGACACGUGAUGAAUUGAGAGCUGCGUGGUCACGGUGCAAAGGGAGAAUAGGACAGUGUGCUGGUACCAAAUGCCUUUUUUCCCCUUGCUUGAACAACACAAAAAAUGGGGGGAGGGGAAGAGAGAUGGGGGUUGGGAGGGAGAGAUCCGUGGAGUUAGUGGCUGUCUAGAGUGUAAACACGAACCCAUCAUCUUCUCGGGAGGAGGGGAGUCUGCUUUUGUCAAACCUGCUAGUGUCUGGAAGAUAAAGGCAAAGAGGCCACUGGACCAGCCUGAGAUUCUGCCUUGAAAUCUGGACCCGAAAUGAUUCAAAGGACAAAAAGGGGGAAAAUAAUCCUAAAAUCUCCCAGGCAGGCAGCUGUCCGGGGUUAAAACCGGUUAUUUGUUAAUUGCCUUGAUAUCGUAGAGAGGAAAGGCUGCCACAGAACGCGGGGGGGGGGGAAGGUUUCAAAUAAUAUCUGAUUCCUCUGGUAACUUGGUACAAGUCUCAAUUUAGCUGCAGCCCAGGCAGCUCUGGAGGUUUAGGGGAGAUGUAAAUGUUGUAACUUCUCGGAUUGCGUGUGACCCUGAGCGGUACUGCUAUGAUUUCAAUAAACACUUUACAAUCGACUAAACUAGCUCCUUCGUCCGUCAGAAAACAUCACUUCGAGUCUCGAAUAAAAUAUUGUGGAAUAGUCUGAGCUAAACGUUGCUUUGCA